GCGAACGGCGCCAUUCAAGUUCCCGACAUCUCUGGAAGCAGGACGUGCUCUUCUGGAGCGUCUGGCAUCAAGUUGCUAGUGUUGGUGUCAGCAAGUGAUCUUUACCGAGCGUUAUCUCGGGGUUACUAUCAGUAGCGAACAUCACCUGUGCGAUCGCUCGUACAAGAAUCUCCAAGGACUUCAGUGUUUAAAAGGUGGACAAUUUUGGCGAUCGAUUGUGGUAAAAAUCGUUCGUGAACGUUCAGUUAGACGGUUUGCUCUCUGGUGGAGGUCAGUGAAGGAGAAGUGCACCAAAAUGCGGCAACGUAUUUGGAGGCGCUCCCGCAUUGCGCUGCUCGUGGUGAUAGUGCUGCUAGUUGGUUGCAUCCAUGUUGUGCAGAGUAUCUACGAUCCCCGUACGUCCGGCAACCAUCGCCAGUUCCUCGUGAUGCCCGAGAUGCACGGUGCCUAUAGCCAAGUACAUCACCACCGUGCGCAGGAACAAGUGGCACCCCAGUAUUUGCGCGUCGAUCACUAUCAGUAUGCGCAGCCCCAGUCGCCACCGCAAAACAUCAUCCAGCCACCGCUGGUUCAGCAGAGUGGCCCAUCGGCACCUCUGUACCAACCACUGGUACCCCUAGCGCCGUACCAGUCAUGGCCGCCGAUUAAUCUCGUUCAACCUCCCGUACCCCCACAAAUCGCUGCUCCGUCGUUAAGGGGAAACUUUGAGCCAGCAGGAAUCGAAGAUCAGCUUAUCGGUGAAACGCUUCCGAAACCGGCCGCCCUCCAACGUUCGUUGCAUCCACUGUUGAAGGACUUUAAUGGGCGCGAAUGUCCUACCGCUCUUACGGGACACUUCCCGUACAUUAUGGAUUGCCGUCAAUUUCUGAACUGCUGGAAGGGCCGUGGAUUCAUCCAGAACUGUGCACCGGGAACGCUCUUCAAUCCGGAAACCCGCCAGUGCGAUCACCCAUCGAAGGUAACCUGUCUGCCUGUUCCCUCGCUGAACAGCAUUGGUGAUCUGGAGGCACGACCUUCGAAGCUAGCAGCGUAUACUGAUCCGGGGACACAGCAAAGGAAACCGGAGGCACCUGAUUCGUGUCCACCGGGUGUGAUUGGACUGAGACCCCAUCCGACGGACUGUCGUAAGUUCUUGAACUGUAACAAUGGAGCACGCUAUGUUCAGGACUGCGGUCCGGGUACGGCUUUCAAUCCGGCCAUACUAACAUGCGAUCACAUCCAUAAUGUGGCCUGCGACAAUAGUGCGAACGUUGUGGUCGACUAUGGUGCCCAGCGACCGACACCAUCCACACCUUUGGCUCCUUUCCCUACUCCUAGGCGACCAGCGCCAACAGUUCCUUUGGCACCUUAUCCCACUCCUGCCAGAAACCUGCGCCCACCACCGCAGCAACAGCUUCCAGCUGCCUCGAAUGUUGCUCCAGUUGUAGUUCCUCCCAAUCGCCCCGUAGUAACUGUGCCGACAACAUCGACAACAUCAACAACACCAGCAACGCAUUUCGAUCGCGACGUGGAGGAAUUCCAACCGGAAGGAUCAGCGAAUGACAAUUACGAUUAUGAAGGAUUUGAUUUACGCGGCAACUUCAAUGAUCCGGGAGUCGAUCGACGCCAACCGAAAGCAUCCCGUACCGAAACGCAACAGCAACCCACUCAGGCCUAUCCACAGUACGUGCGCCCGCCAACAAGGGUCCCACAAUCGCUACAUCGUCCACAGGAGCCAGUCGUUAGCACGACGACUACCCAAUCCACUAACGCUGACCAGGACGACCAGCAGGCGAUCGACAUUCAGCAGCACAUGGAAGCGCUGAAGAUGAUGCUGUCUCCGUACCUAAAGGAGCACCAGAGUAAGGUCGCGCUGAACGUAACGAAGCUGAGCACGGUAAUGACUACGACCACGACAGAGGAUCCCCCGGUAGUGCACGUAAUAGGACUUCCGGCAGUGCCAUCGCCGGCGAUCGAUCCACAAAAGAACCAAACGACUUCCUCCGCCAGCUACAUCGCUUUACCGUCACCUCGUGAGAUCAAUGAGUUCUUCUACGGUACCUCUCAGGGUAUCCCGCUGGCACCGUGGCCAGCACCCCCACCGCCAUACACUAUUCACCAACCGACUACGCCGCAAUCCGUUGUAUAUCCGAUCUAUCGACGACCCGCCACCACUACAACGACUGCUGCCCCGCAACCGGCACUACCAUCGAUCCGUAGCCGUUUCGGAGACAACCGGCCGGAUCCGAAACAGUGGCGUCCGUUGAUUCAGCCGCACGGGACGACUACGACCACUACGAGCACCACGACGACGACGACGACGACGACGACGGAACCAACCACUCCGAAGAGGGAUCCCUGCUACGGGAAGUUCGACUGCGGUAACGGCGUUUGCAUUGAGGAGGCCGAAGUAUGCGAUGGACGCGAUACCUGCGGUAACCGGGCCGACGAGAUGGACAAGGUGUGCGAGCACAUCGGUUACGAGCUAAAGCUAUCGAAGAAGGCACAGGGUAGCGUUGAGGUGCGCGUCUACGAUCGCUGGGGUUACGUGUGCGACGAUAGCUUCGAUCUAAACGCCGCCAACGUGGUAUGCCGUGAGCUGGGAUUUGAAGGAGGUGCACUCGAGGUGAAACCGCACUCCCAUUUCCCACCGAAUGCCACAACCGAAGAGGGUGAGUCACCGUUUUUCAUUAUGGACGGUGUGCGGUGCACGGGCAACGAGAGCUCACUGCGCGACUGUGAGUUUGCCGGCUGGGGCAUUAGCGAUUGCAAUGCGGAGGAGGUGGUGGGAGUCGUUUGUCGGACACCGGUGAUGGCCUGCCCCCAGGACUACUGGCUUUGUCACGCCUCGGAAGAGUGUAUCCCGGUACCGUUCCUGUGCGAUAAUGUACGGGAUUGUGCGGACGGAUCGGAUGAGUCGCCGGAGUACUGUAAGGCACCGCUCCAGCUUCGACUGGCCGGUGGACGAGACAGUCAGGAAGGCCGCGUGGAAAUCAACUACCGUGGUACCUGGGGCACGGUUUGCGAUGACGACUUCGGUGUGCGUGAGGCACGUGUUAUCUGCCGGCAGCUUGGGUUCAACGGGACGGCCGAGGUACGCAAGAACACGUUUCCACCCGGUACCGGACAGAUCUGGUUGGAUCAGGUGGCGUGUAACGGAACGGAAGCAUCCAUCGAUGAAUGUGUCCAUUGGCACUGGGGUGAGCACAACUGUGGCCACACGGAGGACGUGGGGGUACGCUGUGGCAUCUACGUACCGACGAACAGGCCACGAUCGGGCAAGUUACGAGCGACGCGACCUAAUCCACGUUUUGAUUUCGUUGAACGAUCGCGCAAAAUCCACCCGGACGUCUGUGGGAAGGUGAUGGUGGAUACGAGCCUCCGUAAACCGACGUACGGUGCGCGGGUUGUCCAUGGGUCGGAAACGGUAUAUGGUUUCCAUCCCUGGCAAGCCUCACUGCGGGUGAAGACACUUCACUGGUGCGGUGCAGUACUGAUCACACGUUAUCACGUGCUGACGGCGGCCCACUGCCUGGUUGGGUAUCCGAAAAGUACGUACCGGGUGCGGAUCGGUGAUUACCAUACGGCAGCGUACGAUAAGGCGGAGCUUGACAUUUUCAUAGAAAACACGUACAUUCACGAGCAGUUCCGUGAGGGCCAUCACAUGAGCAAUGAUAUUGCGAUCGUUGUGCUGAAGACACCGGUUCGGUUCAAUGAGUAUGUGCAACCGAUCUGUCUGCCAGCGCAGAAUGCACCGUACGAGGCAGGCCGUAACUGUACGAUCUCAGGCUGGGGUGCUACCGAAGCCGGCUCCAAGGAUUCCUCUUAUGAUCUGAGAGCCGGAGUUGUACCAUUGCUGCCGGAUGAUGUGUGUCGUCGGCCGGAGGUGUACGGUGAUUCGCUAAUCGAAGGCAUGUUCUGUGCCGGUACUCUAGAGCCCGGUGUCGAUUCCUGCGAUGGUGACUCUGGAGGACCGCUGGUGUGUCCGAAUGGAGAUGGACUGCACACGCUGACUGGCAUUGUAUCGUGGGGAAAACACUGCGGAUAUCCCAACAAACCCGGUGUCUAUCUGAAGGUGGCCCACUACCGGGACUGGAUCGAGCAGAAGCUCAACCAAUCACUCCACCAGCACGGAGUGUAAUGCGACCAGACAGCCGGAUGCGUUGACGUCGUGACGAUGCUGUGCCAAACAGUUACACCAUCAUCGCAGGACAACAUGUUGUAUGGCUCUUAUGUACCUUAAUAAGUUUCAGGCCUCUACAGCUACCACUCUAUUACCUUACUUCUAGUGAUAAAUUUUCGUGGAGAUAAAGAUGUAACAAAUAGAUGUAGAUAACCGUUUAAAACAAAAAUAUAAAAUUUGGAUACGAUAAAUUCCGUGCAAUGUACCAAAAGACUAACAUGAACAUAAUUGGAUAGGUUUUUUUAAAAAAUCGUUUGAUUUGGUCUAGUUAAAGGCUUUAUAUUCAGCAAUAUUCGUUUUCGUGUCACGUCCCAACGUGAUCCCCCAGAAUUCUAUCCCAGCAAAACGAUAAAAGCUACGAUUGCACAUGUACUGAAUUAAAAGAAAGAACUACA